AAAGGAGAACCAGCAGCUUCCUUGUUUCAAUCAAGCUGGUGAGAGAGAACCAAUGACUGUGGAUUCACUCACAAAGGUUUCUGAGAUCUUGAAUAUUUCAGCUCAACAAAGGAAGGUAGUCAGGGCAACGAUAUGCCCCCAGGUAACUCAACAUCAGAUAUGGACGGGUGCGCUUGAGGUGAUACUAGAUAAGUUGAAAUCUGAGAUGGAGUAUUUGGAUUCUAAGUUCCCUAGUAAAGAAACUAAAAUGGCAAAGCAAAUAGUUUUGAGCUGUCUGAAGGUUUUGGACAUUGCCAUUUCUUACAACCCCGAUUCCAGUUCAUGGAUGCGAGUUGCACCCACAAGAGAUGCCAAUUCACCUCCAACUUCACACAAGUGGGAAGACAUUCUUGAGAUGUUCAUUGAUCUUGCUG